AUGAGUGGAACAAAUAGCUUGACAGGAAAUUUAAAAAGACAUCUUGAUAAAAAUCAUCCAAAUAAAGUAUUUACUAAUGAGAUUUUUCGUGAGAAAUUAUCAAUAUGGAUUGCGGUUAAUGAUAAACCAUUUACAGUAGUAGAUUGUGCUAAAAUUUCAGGAAUUAAUAAAAACUUAAAUAAUUCUAUUAAUAUUGAAUCUAUUGAAAAUGAUUAUUUUUCAAGUUUGUUUGGAUUUGAUAAUAAUGAUUAUCAUAAUGAAGAUGAAUUAGAAGAUUAUCUUCAAAAGCCAAUAGUUUUACCAAAAACAGAUCCUUUAAAAUAG